AUGACCUUUAACGAAAAGUUGGAAGAGACCUUCGAGGAACGGCGUCAGGAAAGGCUGACAACGAAAGGUCACCAACUCCCAAAACUCCCGCAUCAAGUGGAGCAAAGCAGCGAAUCAGAGAGCUGGAACAGCUACUCGACGAGAAGGAAGGGCAAGCAUUCGCUGCAGCGCAAAUACAAGAAAGGAAAAAAGAAACAGCACGAAGCAGAAAGCCAGAGAGAUCAAGCAGCAUUGAAGCUCCUCGAACUGGCAGAAACGACGAAAAGCGAAAGUAAACGGCUAAAUUAUGAAGUCGAAGGUCACAAGAAGGAAGCUCAUAAAUGGAUGACUGAAGCUAAACGAAUCGAUGUACGCAUCACGGUGCUAGAGAUCUCCAACAAGGAAGGGCAAACGGAGAUCGAAAAACAGAAACAAGAAAUUGUGAAGUUAAGUAACGAACUUCUGGGAAUGGCCACCGCAGUGAUGGAAAAGGAUGAUAAGAUCGCUGAGAAAGAAGCGGAACUGAAGACAGUUAUGGAAGAAUGCGAUGCGAGAGGAAAGACCCUCGUACGCAGAGCCGAUCAAAUUACCCGUUUAGAAUCGGAAGCAGAAAUCAUGAAAGCAGCAAAGAAAGACUUGGACAAAACCCUUGACCAGAGGGCAAUCGCGAUCAUGGAACAGAUGAAAAAGGUCAACGAAGCAAAUGCCGAAUACGAGAAGUUACGAAUGGACGCAAACAAUACAGUGAACCAAUUACAAGAGAUAAUCAAACGGAAAGAUGAAGAGAUCAAAAACUUAAAAGGUCCAGCAAAAAAGAAAGAAGCAGAGGCGACCCAACGUCAGGACAAACAACCUGAACGGAAUGAAUCUCCGCCACCUGGCUACGGUGAAGUCCACACCGUCGAAGGCAGCUUCCACUUCGAAGCACCUAAAAAGACCGGAAUGGGCCGAACUGACGACAAAGAGGAAACAAAGGUCAAGGGUGAAAAGGUCACGGAAGAUACCGAGUUGGCGAAGGGGCACUCGGGACCGAAAGGCGGGAAUAGCUCAAGACAACAAGACACCAGGCACGACGAUGCCCCAAAUGAAUCCGACCCCAGACGAGAUGAACGAGAAGACCCUCGCGCUAGGCGACAAGAACGCGACGGCGCCGAUUAUUACGAAGAUGCACGGGAAAGGGAUGAACGUGCACAAAUCCGGGCCGAACAAGAACGGUUACGACGAGAACAGCUCGAAUUCAGGGAAUAG